AUGGACGCCGUAUCUGCCUAUGCUUUCGGAACUGCAGCUUGGAUGACAGUCCAGGCGACGCCUCUCCUACUAUGGCCAACCUUCAUUUCCUCUUUGCUCACGCCAGACUACCAGCAUGCUAAUGCUGUGGAGCAGUACUUUGCUCGCUCGUUGGGAUUGUCUCAGCUUGCAGUUGGACUUCUUGUAGUGGUUCUGUCAGGAGCGCUGCCGCUCACCUCUCUCGUUGACACGCCAUCUGACGCGGUGUCGCCAUACGCCAACGCCGUGAUUCUCAUAUCUACCUUGUAUCACGCAUUUGAGGCGUUCUACAGUUAUGCCAGGUUCAACGUCACCGGCCAAGCUGGCUACGUCUUUGGUGCAGUCGGCAGUGGCGUGUUCGCUGCCUUCGGACUCUGGGUGCUCAUGUUCGGUUCCGACAAGGGACAUAUCAGCAGGAGAACCGGCGCGGACAAGCGCACAAGUGGUUUCCCCUUCGGCAAUUCAGAAGCAGAGAAGCGGAAGAAGGCAAAGGGCCUGUAG